AUGCCGGGAGAAUUUUCCAUCACACAAAAACACCCCGUCACCAGCGAACCACCUCUGUCCGGCGCGUCCCAGAAGCAAGACUCAAAAUCAUCGCCAUCUCGCACAUCUUCUCUUCUCGAUGCCGCGAAGCGCAAACUCUCGCUCUCUUCUUCGAAAGACAAGGACAUUCUCCCUUCGUCAGAAGAGGAAUACCAGAAACUAAAGCAAAAGGAGGCGGAGAAGCAAAGACGGAAGGAAGAGUAUGAGAAGCGAGGUCUGGGAGAUAAGGUGGUAUUUGGAAGCGGAAGUGGGAUGCAGAUGAAUGGUUGA